GUGUGUGUGUGUGUGUUUAAUGGAUAAUAUGAAAGUAUGCAUUCUGUGCUUGUAAAUAUGGUUGUCCAGAGCAGAAAUUGCACUCAAGCAGGUGAAACAUUAACUAUUUACUGCACAUGUAGAAUGUAGCAGUGUGAAAUGUACACUGCUGCACUAGUGUAAUGUGCUAUGCAGUGAUUUAAAUCCCAGGACUGUGUGAGAAAAUUUCCAAAGCAUACCUUCUUUGACACAUUUUGGGUAAAUAAGAACGUUGCUGCUGGACCCGUUUCCUUCGUAACAUUAGGGAACCUGAGGUCAUAGGAUGAAAUUUGUUCGUAUUUUAAAUUGUACAAAGUAAAGUUGAUGAAUUAGGCUAAGAGAUUACAGAUAUUUGAGAACAGUAAUCUGACAAAUAUGCAAGAAAAUUAUGCCAUAGUCCACUGCCUAUUUGGGUGUUUUGAACAAUAUUUACUUUAACAAAGAAAACUGGCCACAAAACUUCCACCAUUAGUAUGAUUGUCAUUUAGGAGACUGACCCAUUUGUUAGGAACACUACUUGCUUCUUUUUUGAAACAAUAUUAUCUUACCUUAUUACAUUUUUUUUUGUAAAUGACAGUUCUUAAAUGCCUGCAUGCCUGGUUAUAUUAAAUUUUGUUGACACAAAUAGGGAAUAUUUAAGCCCCCCUACUACAAAGCUGCUGGCAGAAAUUUGACUCCUGAUUUUAAAUUUUAGUGGUAUGGCAUUGCAGUGUAUGGCCAACUCAUCUGUACAUGCGCUGUGAUGUGCAGUUGAUUAAGGCUAACAUUUCAUAUUGCAGGGCUUUAUAUUUUGUUUUCCACCUCGGUACUCGUCUUUUCAGCACAAUAUCUUACCUCAAGACUUUUCAGACUUCGUGAUUUACUUUGUUCAGUAGAAAGUUCUAAGUGUGAUGAGUUUCCUGUAAGAUUGGACAAAGUGAUAUGCUGUUAUUAAAAUUGAAAUGAAUGCAGUCAUUUGUGUGAGGAGCAUGUAGCUGUAUCAGAACAGAAGGAUGAGGGCCCAAGUUAAUAAAUUCUGCCACAUGUGUUCACUGAUUCUGUAACCAAAUAUGUCCCUGCUACAGUCAUUUCUUGAAGUAGAGGAUUAUCUUAUAAUGUGAUCAUUGUGCCAGUAGUAAGAUGAGUCUGUAGUCACUUGACAGACUUAUUUUAAGUUCAGUGUACAACCUUCCUUAAUGUCACACAAUUUGUAAAAUGCAGCAUUUUGUCUAAUUUAAAUGUUUCAAACAAAGAUCAUAAAGAUCCUAUUUUGAAUAUCAGUCUGCAAGCCUUGUUUUUUUAUCUUUUAUUUCUUCCUUCUUUCUGAACAAGCAUCCUUUGCGUCUUCCUGUGAUCACCUUUUUAUUUUAUUAACUUUUUCCCAUCACAUCAUUUCCAGAAUAACAUGGUUCUCAAUUUUUUUUACCACCUCUUUACAUAAUCCUAACCACAUGGUUUCUAAAACUUCUCAUCACCUGUUUUCCUUGUCAUGUGGUCAUUAAGAACUCUUUUCAUUACCUCAAUUACAUGGUCACUCUUCGUUGGCUUGCGGCCCAGUCCCGCUGCUUGCCUAGUUACACUAAUCACUUUUUGCUCAACAUGUAGUGCCAGACAUGUGAAGGCUUUCAUAAUUCCCACGUGUGUGUGUGUGUGCAUGCACGCACACAUGCAUAUUCACCCUGAAGUCCAGCCUUUGAGAACUGGACAGGAAUGUUGAACUUUUAUAUGGAAGGAAGAUUGUCUGCAAAAGAAAUUAGUACUCAUUGUUAUGGAAAUUCUGAUGGUGUCAUUAUUAAUUCCAAACCUGAGGAACCUUCAAAAACUGAUGAAAAACUGGAUACACAAAAAAGUAGGCAUGGCACUGAAGCUGUCCAGAAACGUCAAAGAAAGAUACACAGAAUAUAUAAAAAACAUGACUGUGAUUCCUGUAGUAAGAAAUUUGACAGUAAAUCUGAACUGACAUCUCAUAUGAAAUGCCAUGAAACAUUUAAGUGUGAUGUGUGUGGUAAAGAGUGUGUAUCGAAGGGGCAUCUCAAGAGUCACAUGAUUGCGCACACCGACAGCAGGCCCUUUCAGUGUGACGUGUGCAGUAGAAAGUAUAAACGUGCUUUUGAACUGAAGAAACACAAAGAAACACAUACUGGAGAAAUGGAACAUGUGUGUGAUAUUUGUGGGUAUGCAACUUUCCAGAAGUCAAAUCUUUUGGUUCACAAAAAAAGGCACCUGAAUGAAUACAAAUUUAAAUGUGAUGUAUGCAGUAAAGGUUAUUACACUAACACGGAGCUGCAGAGGCACAAGAUGAUUCACACAGGAGAACGGCCAUUCCAGUGUGAUAUUUGUGGCAAGGCAUAUCCUUACAAGAGUAACUUAGCAUUGCACAAGAAGAAGCAUGAACCAGACUAUAGGGAUAGACUGCACUAUCAAUGUGAGUUCUGUGGUAAAACUUUUCUGCACAAUAACUCACUUCGGAUCCACAGGAAGUAUCAUCUGGGCGAGAACCAGCUCAUCUGUGAUGUGUGUGGCAAGACACUUUCAGGUGGAGAGUCUCUUAAAGCACACAGUAGGAUUCAUACAGGGGAGAAACCCUUUGUUUGUGAUGUUUGUGGGAAAGGCUUUGGCAAACCUGAUUAUCUGAAGGUACACAAGCGCACACAUACAGGUGAACGUCCACAUGCAUGUGACCUCUGUGGCAAGUCAUUCACACAGCUGUCCACAUUGACUGUGCACAAACGCUACCACACAGGUCAGAGACCCUAUCCAUGCCAUUUGUGUAAUAAGGCAUUUGUGUCAAACACUUUAUUGAAAACUCAUCAGAAGUGCCAUGGCCUGUAAAAUGUUUGGACUGCAUUUGCGAAUGAAAAUGUGUUUUGAUUUUAUCCUACCUUUGUGAAAUUCAUAAUGUGAGGUUUACUGCUGGUUAUUACACAUUGACUGUAGCACACUGCAGUGGAAUUUUGUGCUCCUUAUUUGAAUGGAGACCCUGGUGUUGAAACAAAAGUGUUUUUGUAUAACCCCUUUAUUUAUAUGUGCGUUUAGUUGCCUAACUUUUUCAUGAUUAUGCAUUUACAUUUGCAUACCCGCAUAUUCUAGUACAGCGUGUUCAAUCUUGUUCCUGAAGCAAGAAGUCUCACUUAUCCACAGGCGCAUUGAGCAUCACUUUGUUUUCAAUAAUUUUGUGAUGUAGAAACUCAUUUUCGAAUUGAAUUUAAUCCACUUAAGUAUUUGUAACAGUGAAACAUUCAAAUUUUACUUUGUCCAUGUGCAUGCAUGCAUACAUAGGAAUUUUGCCAUGAAUCGAUAUUGAUAAUAUUGGAAUGGUUAACCUCUGUAAAAUUCAUGCUGAGGGUGAUUAAAGUGUCCCUGGUACCUGUAGACAUUAGACUGGUGGGUCAAAAGCUGCCCAGGAUAAGGUGGUAAGAAAAGAAUAUUGCAAUGUACCUGCCAAGAUAUGAACCAACUCUUAACUGGGUGACCUGAUUAUGUUGAAGCAGUCCUUCAUGAUGAAAUAUGAGUUACACAUGUCACAGAAUUUAAUGUUUGAAACAUAAUUUGUAUUAGUAUUUUUAAUAAACAGUUUCGGAAAUAAGUGAA